AUGAAGAAGCGAGACGAUCCGAUCAGGGAAAAGCAGCCACGCUUUUAUCCUUCACGAGAAACAUCCUUCGAACACGAUGAAGAGUCCUCCUCGUUCUCCGACUCCUCCUAUAGCACAUCUUACUCCGCGAAGCCCAUGCUGAAACCCUCAUUUCCGCGGAAAAAGCGCAUAGUUCGACCUUAUCGACUCCCCCACACCGUCAUGAGAUGUUUUUGCUUGGGCGUUUUCUGCGCAUUGGUCUUGUUCGUCUUCGCCUUGUUUCGGGUUACCUUGAUGCAUGCAUUUAUAAAGCCAGUUGAACUCAAGAUUCCAGGACCAGACCUGGUAUCGAAGCCACCACAGUGGGAAGGAUUUCCCUUUCUUACGCGUUAUUAUGGCGGUAUCAGGACACUAGUAUCGAGGACCGAAAACGUGCCCGAAUACCCGAAUGAUAACGAGGAAGAAAAGAAGGGGAACGGUCAAAGCUCGCUACCAAACGUCUAUAAGAAUGAAAAAGAUAGCUCUCUGGCUCCUACCUUUGUUUUCGAUCCUUAUCCAAACUAUACCUCUCCGGAAUACGUCGCUAAGUAUGGCAAUAAGGAAGACUGUUUCCUGGAUACCCUUAAGAAAGUGUCAAUCCCGUACGUUCGUCACUACAAUGGUAUUCCAAAAGGGUUUCCGGAUGCCAUAAUGGGUUCGACCAAAUUGCUUGGAAUCAAAGACGACGUUUGUUUCGAUCGAUUCGGUCGUUUAGGUCCUUACGGCUUAGGGUACGGAUCUCAGAUUGGAGGCAGUGGAGCUGGACUCGAGGGGGACAGAGCUGGCGUAGAAUCUAUUUGGGGCCACACUCCGCCAGUCGACUUUCGCAAGGUGAAGUGGGCCGACGCUCAAGAUCGUUGUGCUUCUGCCAACAAACACCGUUUCUCAGACGUGCCAGGCUCGGGAAGGGAGAACUUUCGGGCUUUUCCAGCAGGAAAAGGACAUAAAAAAGAGCUAAGAGGAGAAAGAUUUUCCACAAAUGCCACAGUUGGAACCAACCGCCUUCCACGGACUGCUUUUAUCAUUCGUACGUGGCAUGAUUUCCAGUACAAUACAGAGACCAUUUUGUACUUGCGGUCACUGAUAUCAGAACUCUCCCUGAUGUCUGGCGGAGAAUACUUCGUCCACUUCCUGAUCCACGUGAAAGAUGAUAACCUUCAGAUUUGGGCCGACGAUGGAAUCUACGAUCGUGUCCUGCAAGCCGCUCUCCCAAAGGAGUUUCAAGGGAUGGGCACCCUGUGGUCAGAAAGGCAGAUGGGAUUGAUAUAUGGCGGGCUGGAGGAGUCAUUUGCGCGAAACCUCCCGGUUCAUGGGGUCUACAGGAGCACGUUUAUGCCGCUGCAAUACUUUGCCCAUCGGCACCCGGAAUACGAUUUCUACUGGAACUGGGAAGUGGACAUACGGUAUACGGGACACUGGUAUCAUUUGAUGGAGAAGCUCGCACAAUGGUCAAAGCGACAGCCACGCAAGGGAUUGUGGGAACGGAACUCAAGGUUCUACAUCCCCGCAGUGCACGGAUCAUGGGAAGAUUUCCGACAAAUGGUCCGCGUACAAACCGAAAUCGGGACCAAUAGCCCAAAUAAUAUGUGGAGUGCGGUGAAGAAAGAUCAGCCUAAAGGCUAUCGGCUUGGAGAGCUCCAAGGAGACAAACCGAUUUGGGGCCCAGAACGACCUGCAUCAGAACGGGAUAUCCUAAAGGUAGACAACGAAGGCAUACCGCCAACCACGUACGAAAGAGAUACGUAUGAAUGGGGUGUGGGUGAAGAUGCUGACCUCAUUGUUUUAAACCCGUUAUUCGAUCCUGAAGGGACAACCUGGCUUCUCAAAGACGACGUCACCGGGUACGACAAGGAGAGUGAGCGUCCGCCCCGACGAGCAGCAAUCAUCACCGCCUCUCGCCUUUCCCGCAAAUUGUUGCAAACGAUGCACCGCGAGACUAGCUUAAAACGCCACACGAUGUUUUCCGAAAUGUGGCCUGCCACGACUUGCCUCCAUCACGGGUUCAAGGCCGUGUAUGCUCCGCAUUCCGUCUACAUUGACCGGCGGUGGCCCUUGACGUACCUGGAGUCGGUUUUCAACGGAGGCAGAAACGGCGCCAGUGGCGGAGCGCGCACGUCUAUAUUCGGGGAUCGAGAGCACAACUUCAAAGGGACGACGUGGUUCUACUCCGCGGGCCAUGCGUCGAAUCUGUGGACUCGAUGGCUGGGGUACAAAGUGAACAACGAUGGCGGGGAAGACUUUGAGCUCGCUAACGAGGGGCGCAUGUGUCUUCCCCCGAUGCUGCUACACCCCGUGAAAGAUGUGAGUAUGAUGGUCGAAAGCAGCGGCCGGUGA